AUGCAAAAUCAACAGCAGAAUGAACAACACAGAAAUGAUUUAAUCAUUGCUGCUGAAAAUCGUCUGAAAGAUAUUGAGAUUGCAGAUCGUAAUCGAGCAAACGAUGAAUGGCUUGCGGAUGAUCAAAAAAAAGAAAAUAUUCUUGUUGACUAUCAAAAUUUUCUUGCUAAUCUACUCGAAAAAUAUGGCAUGGCAUUGAAUGAAACGUUGACAGCACGUUUUGUCGCUCGCUUCAAAACAUUAACAGCACUUGGUCAACUUAAUUCUGCAUGA